CAAGGAAUUUAAUUAUUGUUUACAAUGCAGAAUAUAAAUACAUUCGAAUGGGUUGAAGAGAAUUGGAUAGUGAAUUUUUCUAGAACCAGGUCAACUAUAUGUUGUUGUGAAAACCAAGAUAACAGAAAUCCUAGGAAACUACUCAACAACUUGUUCUUAGACCAAGUUUUGUUUUCUGGUUCUAAAGUUUUGUGUCUGUAUCCCAACAGAAGGAUAAUAUUUGAUAAAAGUUGUGGUUCCUUUUUGAGGAACACCCUUUAUUAUACUUUGAGCAAGCAGAAAGACGAUUGGCUUCUUUUGUUGAUUACAUCAUAAAAAGUGAGGUAAUUCAUUAUGUACGAACUCUUGUAUACUGCAGCUCUUUGGAAUACCACAAUUCUGGUGCAAGGCUAUCGUUUCUUUUGGGACUUUGGAUUCAAAAGACCUUAAAUAACCAAGAUUCCCUGGUGUGGCUGUUAGGUUCAGU